UUUUUCUUCUUUUUAUUUUUGUCUAUUAUGGCUUCAAUUAUAUUAAAAAUUAUUAUUUGCUUUGGUUUUAUAUUAUUAAAUAAAAUAUUAAUUUUAAAUUCAAUUCCUGUUGGUGGAAAACCUCCAGAAGAUUUUGAUUGUCCUUCCCCUAUUGGCAAUAUUUAUGGAAAUUCUCUUUUUGGAAAUGAUGCAAUUGAGUGGGAACAAAAAAGGCAAUUUUGGUUAACAAUGGAUGUUUAUUCAAAAUCUUUAAAUGAUUGUGUACAUCAAUGUUAUGGAUAUAGAUUUUGUUAUUCAAUUCUUUUUUUAUCAAAUAAUUCAAUUAAAAAAACUUGCCGACUUUUCCUUCAUUCAAGUGAUGAUUGUAAUGGAAAAAUAUUGUUAUCUACAGAUAAAAUUGACAAAUUAAGUUUGGAAGAAAAUAAAAAUAUUGUUGUUGUUGAGUGUUUAAAAUGUAGAAAAAUUGUUGAAAAUGAAGAGAAGGAACCUUUAAUUAGUGGACCUGAAGAUGUUCCUAAAGGAUUUAAAAGAUUAAUAUCUUCAGUUAAUCAACAAAAACAAAACGAUGAUCCUUUGAGAAGUUCAGUAGAGAAUGGUGGAGGAGCAAAUAAGGCUAUAAUACCCCCAAAUAAUAAAGCAAAAGAAAAUGGGGGAGAAAAGAUAGAUGAAGAAGCUAAUCUUCGAAAACAAAGACAAAUUUGGAGAGCUUGUCUAGUUACUUUUGAGGUAUCCCCAGAAAGUGAAAGGGAUAAAGCUUUGGCUAAUUUUAAAUUAUCUAAAACUGCUUCAGUUUCUAGUUUAAAUGAAUGUGCCUUUAUUUGUUAUCAAAAUGCUUGCUCAAACGUUCUUUUUGAAUUGGGCCCUGGAGGAGAAGAAUCUACUGAGGGUAGUGGAGUUAGGCUUUCAAAAUGUCAUUUGGAUAUAGAAUCGAAUACAGAAAAAUGUAGUGGAAAUUUACAGAGACAUUAUUCUUAUCCAAAUAUUAAUAUGACAUUAAUGAGUUGUGUACGUUGUGUAGCAAAGAAGCCAACAACAGUAUCACCAUUUGCUGAAAUUUUUGCAAGAAGUACAGCUUCAACUCCAACACAAAAUGAAACUACUCAUGAAGCAACAUAUGAAACACCAACAAAUAUUCCAAUAAUUGCAGCAAAUCCAUUAAAAGAAAAUAAUUCUGAAAAUAAAACAAAUGAAGAAAUACCUCCCUCAACAACAACAAAUACUCAAGAAUCGGAAAAUAAAACAGAAAGAAUACCAUCAGAAUCUACAACUAUUUUAUUAUCACAAGAAGUAAUAACACAAACACCUUUUUCUUCCCCAAACCAAAUACAGGCAGAAACAGAACAAUUUAAAAAUGCAACAGUAAUUGAAGCAACAGGAUUAGCAGCUAUUGACACAAAAAUUAAUAGAAUAACCCCAAAUAAAGAAGAGACUACUUUAACAACAAAAACAACAACAGAAAAAGAAGAGGAAGAAGAAGAGGGGCAAUCAACAACAACUCCAAUUGAAGAAGAAAUACCUCUUCUUCCAAUUAAAAUAGUUAGUGAACACGAAAUAAUAAAUGGAUCAACAAUUCGGCCAAAAUCUGUUGGUGUAGCUAUACCUAACAGACAAAAACAAAUUAAUUCUGAAAAAGAAAAGGUUUUAAAUAAAACAAAAGAGGAAGGGGAGGAAGAAGAAGAAGAAUUAACAACUUUAGAACCUUUAAUUUCUCCAGAACAACAUAUUUUGGCUGGCUCUGUUAUUUCACUUCAAAAUGAGACUGUUAAACCAAAAACUGAAAAUUCUGAAGUAAAAUCUAUUGAAGAAGGAGAGAAAGAAGCUUCUUCUACUCCAAGAGAAGGAAAUGUUGAAAGUUUAGUAGAUAAAAGAGUAGAACAAGAAGAAACAACAGCGAUAACAAUUAAUCCAAAAGAAUCUGAAGAAAAUAAAGAAUUUGUUGGAGGAGGAGGAGGUAUUUUUGAAGAGAAACCAAAAAAUAUUUCAGAAGAAACAUUAAAAACAGAAGCAACAUAUGAAACACCUUCAACUUUAUUACCUUCAACAACUCCAAUUAUUCCAAUAAUUGCAGCAAAUCCGUUGGAAGAAAAUAAUUCUGAAAAUAAAACAAAUGAAGAAAUACCUCCUCCCUCAACAACACCAAAUAUUCCUUUAGCAGCAACAACUGCUGAAAGUGAAAUUGGGGGAAUUGUUCCUAUAAUUAUAGAAAAUGAAAAGAAAAAUCAAACUGGAGAUUUGAAUGAAGAGGAAACAAAUAAAACAGAAAAUGAAGCAACAUCAACAACAACAAUAAAUCCUCAAAAUGAAGUAUCUCAAACAAAUACAAGUAGUCCAGGUUUUGGUCCUUUAACUAUUGGUGGAACAACAAUAAAAGAAGGAAAUGAAACAACUUUUGCUUCAGAAUCAACAACAUUAUCAACAUUAGGAAAUGCUACAGUUUCUGCUAAUGAAGGAAUAAUAAAUGAAUCGACAUAUCCAUCAGAAUUUGGAUCGACAAUAAAAGAAAAUGAGGGAAAUAAAACAAGUAAUGAAGAAAGUAAUAUUGAAGGUGAAGGAUCUGUUAUUAGUGAGGAAAUACAAGAAAAAGAGUCGAGUACUUCAAUUGGACCCGAAACUGAGCCAAAAGUAUUUGGAAUAGCACAGGAAGGGCAAAAUGAAAGUUCUGAAAUUCCCCUUGAGAAUUUAUCUAAUUUUACAACAAUUCCUACACCAAUUUCUACAGGAACAGAAGAGUUGGAAUCGACAAAAGAAUCGAGUCAUGAAACGGAAAUUGAAGGCCCUAUAAUUCUCGGCGGUUCUGAAUCAAAUUUAAGUGAAACAACAACUGAAUUAACUUCUGAAACUGAAAAAGCUAUUGAAACAAAUGUUACUAAUCUGACCGAAGCAACAACUAAUCCUACUAAAACUGAAGGGAUUGGUAUUGCAACAACACCUGAAACAUAUGAAGCAAAUGCCACAGAUUUGGGAGCAACUUCAACCAAAGAAACAGUAAUUGGAGUAAUACCAAUUGAGAAUGAAAAAGAAGUUUCGGAAAUUCCGAGUGGUGUUGAAGCAAAUACAACAGAAGCAGCACGUAAAGAAUUAGUUACGGAAACAUCAUCUGCUACAGAGGAAGGGGUUUUAGGUGCAGUGCAACCUUCAGAAAUGCCAAUCACUUCCGAAGUAAAUUCUACAACUCCUGAAAAUUAUGAAGCAAAUACUACUUUUAAAGGGGUUACUGAAAUAGUUUCUUCAACAUCAAAAGAGGAAGUAUUUGGAGUUAUACCUUUAGGAGGGGAACAAGAAACGUCUGAAAUUCCACCAGAAUCAACGUUGGCUAAUAAAGAAAUUGAGGCAACACAAGCUUCAGAAAUAAAUACAACGACAACUCCAAAGACUUACGAAUUAAAUGCUACAUCUACGGGAAUUUCUGAAGCAACUGUUCCAACAUCAAAGGAAGAAAUAUUCGGUGUAAUACCACCACAUGAAGAAGGAGAAUCCUCAGAACUACCAGCAAGUUCAGAGGUAAAUACUACAACUAUAGGAAUAUCAUCAAAUACUGAAGCUGGAAUUACAAAUGAAACUUUAUUAGAAACAACGCCAAUUUCUGAUCUAGAGAAAGAAAAGCUUGGAGCAAUAGCGGGAGCAAUUAGCGUUAUUGGUGCUUCAGAAGAAAAUACAACAGCACAAACUGCUAAUAAAACAGAAGAAUCUACUCAUUUUGAUGAGAAUAAGGCAAAUAUGACAAAGGGAAUUGAAAUAGAGGGAGUAAUAAGUUCAUUAAACGAGACAAAAGAAGAAACACCAAUUAGUUUAUCAACAACAAAUGGUUUUGAAACAACAUCACAAGGAGAAUUUAUUGCUGCAAUGCAUGAAACAGAAGCAGAAACUUUAGAGAAAGGUUUAGAAACAAAUGCAACAACUUCAAUUCCUGAAGUAACAUCGGCAAAGGAGUCAAUAGCAAUAGUAGGCUUAGGAAGUGAAGAAGUUGGAGCUUCUGGUGAAGUUGAAACAAAUGCUACAACACCGAGCACUUAUGAAGCAAAUGCUACAUCUACUUCAGCAGCUCUAGCAACACCAGAAACCGUGGAAACAGGCUCUGGAAUACAUGGAGUAGAUGAAGAAUCUUCGGAAAUUACUGCUACAACACAAAUUGUCUUCGAAACAACUACAGCAAUAACAUUAGAAUCAACGCCGUCAAAAGAAUUAUUAGCAGUAAUUGCCCCGGGAAAUGUUGAGAACGAAACUUUUGGUGCAACAAAUGCUACAACACCGAGUACUUAUGAACUAAAUACCACGGCUUCGGUUAUUUCUGAAACAAUUUCGACAAUACCAGAAAAUAAAACAAAAGAAGAAAUAUUUGGAGUAAUACCGUUUGAAGGUGGAAAUGAAGAAUCCUCUAAUACCAGUUUAAAUGCAACAACACCUGAAACUACUAAACCAGAAGGAAUUAUUAAUGAGGCAGCUGAAAUAAAUACUACAGCAACUCCUGAAACUUCAGCAACAAAAGAGGAAAUAUUUGGAGUUUUACCACCACAUGAAGAAGAAAAGGAAGCUUCAGAAUUACCAGCUGAAUUAAAUCCGGAAUUAAAUACUACAACUCCUAGUAGUUUUGAAGCAAAUAUUACGGCUACAGGUGUUUCUGAAAUAAGUUCAACAUCUAAAGAAGAAAUAUUUGGAGUAAUACCAUUUGGAAGUGUGGGAGAAGUUUCUGAAAUUCCGAGUGUAGAAAAUGUUACAACUAUAUCGACUAAUGAAACGAUAACAUCCAUCACUGAAGCUAACAAUGCUACAACUGAAAUACUUGGAACAACAACAUCUACUUCAGAAACAGAAAAUCUUGGAGUAGCAGCGGGAUCUUUAGGCAUCCUUGGUGCCUCUGAAGCAAAUAUUACUGCAUCUGAAGGAACACCGACUAAUGAAACAGGAGAAAUUAUCGGAGCAGCACAAGCCUCAGAAAUACCAACAAAUGCUUCUAAUUCUCAAUUAACAGGAUUUGAAAUUGAAGGAGUUAUUAGAAAAAUAAAUGCAACACAGAAGGAAGUGCCAGAAACACAUUUUGUUGCCGAAGAGAAUAACACAAGUGCACCUACAUUAUUCCAAACGACAGAAAGUGGAGAAGGAAUUUCACCUGAACAUGUGGCUAUUUUGGGGGCUGGAAUUGGUGCUGCUUCUGAAUUCAAUGAAACAACAGGUAGUACUAUAACAGCUGAAGUAUCAACAUUGGAAAGUGAGAAAGAAGUUUCUCAAGUUUUUGGCAGUCCUUUUGAGAUAAAUGCAACAACUCCUUUUGCAAAUUUAAUAUCAACACCUGAAACUGAAGCAAUUGGUAUAUUUGGAGUAAAACCUGAAGAGGAUAAAGAAGUUUCUGAAAUUCCAAGUGGAGUUGAAGCAAAUCAAACAUUAAAUAAUUCAACACUACCAUCAGAAACAUCAACACAAAUUGGGUUAGGGGAAGGAAUAUCUUCUGGAGCAAAUAUUUCAACAACACCUGAAACUGAACCAGAAAUAUUUGGAAUAGCACACGACGGAAAAGAAGAAAAUAUUCCUUCAGGUAUUGAAUCAAAUGCUAGCACAGUUGCAACAACAUCGAUAAAUGAAGCAACAGAAAAUGCAACAAUAGAAGCUUUGGAAGGGAAUAAUGCUACAUCCUCCACAAUAACUCCAACUGAAGGGCCAAUAAAUGUCGUUGUUUUAGGACCUUCUGAGCUAUUUGGCGGGGCUACAGAAAAUGCAACUAUUCAUCCUUCUGAAAAUGAAGAAACAACAAUUGGAGGAGAAAUUGGUGUUUCUGAAGGAAAUGUUACUUCUAAAUUAGAAACAUCAACAAAUGAAACAGAAUUAAUUGGAGCAGUAACUGAAGAAGGGAUUGAAGGAAAUAUUUCAACAACAUUAGAAAAUAAAGUAGAGGGAAUAUUUGGAAUAAUACCUGAAGGCGAGGAAGGGAAUAACACUACAGGAAAUGUUACUGAAGCAACAAUUUCUGAAACAAAUACAACAAUUGAGGGAAUAAACACAACAACAGAAGGGUCACCACCAAUUAAUGAAGCCGUUUUGGGUGUACCUUCUGAAUUAUCUGAGGGUGCUACAGAGAACAACACUACAAUUCAACCAGAAGAAUUAUUAACAACAAUUUCUGAAGGAAAUAUUUCUUCUGAAUUUUCGACGAUUUCUUCUAAUUCAGAAACAACAGAAGAAAUGCCAGAAUUAAUUAAUGCUGUUUCUCAAGUUGUUGAUGUAAAGAAAAUUGUAGUAACAGAAGAACCAACAGUUGCUGCAGUUACAAAACUUGUAGAUUUUGUUGGAAGUAAUGGAACUAUUGGGGAAAUAAGGCCACACAAUAUUCUCAAAGAUUUUGGAAAUCGAGAAUGUAAUGGAGAAUUAUUAUUUACUGGAGAAAUAUUAACAGAUUAUACCCAAUCAUUUGAAAUAAUAAUUGCUUCAGAAACAGUUUAUGAAUGUGUAAAAACUUGUUAUUUAUUAAAUUGUACAAAAGCUGCAUUUACACAUUUUCCUCGUUCAGCCUGUUUACUUCAUUUUAAUUUAAAUGAAUUACAAUUAGAACAAAAAUGUGAAAAUGAAACAGAAUUUGUUUCUAAUUGGAAUUUUAAGCAAAUACCUGAAGUUGUUUCAAUUAAAUGUAUUAAAUGUGAAAAAGAAGAAAAAGGAGAAGAAAAACAAAAAUUAAAUGAAAGGGUUUUAAGGGAUGAAUUUAGAGUAACAACAAAAUGUUCUGGUCGAGUAGAAUUUAAUAUCCAUCCAGUACCUGAAUUACACCUUCUUGACAUAACAAAUGAUGUACCUGCAGAUACAGCUGCUGAUUGUGCAAGAAAAUGUUUUGAAACUCCAAAUUGUUUAAUUGCCGGUUUUAUUCCAACCCCUGGACACGAAUCUUCUGGGGGUGUUUGUUUAUUAACUAAAAAUGUUGAAGGAAAAGAUAAUUGUACUCAAUCCAUUCGUUUAACAACCCAACAUGCUUCCACUGUCCCUUUUUUAAUUAAUUGUAUUAAAUGUACAGACUGUAACUACAGUCUAACAAUUGCUGAUUCAAAAAGGGUAAUUCUUGAUUCAACAAAUUCCAUUCCAACACAAACUAUUAAUGAAUGUGCCAUCAAAUGUGCAGAAAAUAAAUGUUCUUUGGCAAAAUUUGAUCCAAAUAAAUUGAUUGUUAGUUGCUCAUUUGCUGCAUCAGAUAAAUUACCUUUACCUCCAGUUGAAUUAGGAUGUCCAAUAGAAUCUGGUCUGCAAACUGAUGGAAUUUUUGAUGUUUUUCUAAAUUGUGUUAAAUGCAGCAACAUUUAA